AUGAGUGAAAAUAUUAAACGUAUUCUUGGUGAAGAAGGACAAAAAAAAAUUUCAUUGAUUGUAUUAAAGAGUGAUCGUUUUUGGAAUGUAAAUAAACGAUGUCCACAUGUUUUAAAAUUUGAUGUUAAUAAUGAACUUCAUUUGGAUUUUAUUGUAGCUGCAUCAAAUUUACUUGCACGCAUGUAUUACAUACCACAAAUACGUGAUCGUAAAUUAAUUGCUAAAGAAGUUGUAAAAGUACAUGUACCUGAAUUUAAACCAAAAGCAGGUGUAAUAAUACAUGAAAAUGAUGAACAACUACGAGCUGAUCUCAAACGAAAAAAAAAAUACGAGUGCCAUACUCGAUUACCUAAUUAUGAUGAUACAUUUGAUAUUAAAAUUCAAUCACAUGAAUUUGAAAAAGAUGAUGAUACAAAUUUUCAUAUGGAUUAUAUUGUAGCAACAGCAAAUUUACGAGCUGAAAAUUAUGACAUACAAAAAGCUGAUCGAAAUAAAAUGAAGAGAAUUGCAGGAAAUAUUAUUCCAGCUAUUGUAGCAACAACAGCAAUGGUAACUGGACUUAUUUGUCUUGAAGUUUAUAAAUUUGUUCAACAUCAUAAAAAAAAUAGAAUCAUAUAG